AUGUGGUUAUCGGAGUCUCAAAGAUUCGGUGUUGCAUUCACCUUUGCCGGUUGUUUGUUUUUUUUGUUUGGCAUGUUUACGCUCUUCGAUCGCGCAUUGCUCGCCCUAGGUAAUGUAUUAUUUCUAAUUGGCGUGUUACUUAUCAUUGGCCCGCACAGAACAUAUAACUUCUUCACCAGGCCUACGAAAAGACGCGGGACUUUGUGUUUUGUAUUUGGUAUUUUCAUGAUACUUUGUAAGUGGACUUUCACUGGGUUUAUUGUAGAAUGUAUGGGCAUAGCGGGCCUAUUUGGUGAUUUUUUUUCAGUCAUAGUGCAGUUUCUGCGCUCACUUCCUAUUAUUGGUCCGUUUAUGUCGCAUCCUGCAGUUGCUCCAGUCGUGGACAAAUUGGCCGGCAUCAGGGUUCUACCGGUAUAA